AUGCAGAAAUUUGAAAUGGGUAGUAACUUUCUGAAAAUCUUGUUUGCAAUGUUAGUGUGCUUUUUGCAUAGCAAAGCAUCCACUCUUGGAUUCAUCUCGCCAUCACAGAGUACACAUGUGAAAUGCAUUGACAGGGAGAGAGAAGCACUCCUCAACUUCAAACGUGGCCUCACGGAUGUCUCUGGCAUUCUGUCUAGUUGGAGGGAUGAUGGCAAUAGAACUGAUUGCUGCAAAUGGAAAGGCAUUCAGUGUAACAAUGAAACAGGUCAUGUGCAAAUACUUGAUCUUCGUGGAUCAAUAAUGCAUUAUUUGAUAGGUUCAAUGAAUCUUACUUCAUUGAUUGACUUGCAAAAUAUGGAAUAUUUGGAUCUCAGUUCCAAUAGUGUUCCUAGUGGUAGUCAAAUCCCACAGGAGAUGGGCUCCUUCAAAAAUUUAAGAUAUCUUAAUCUAUCAUAUGCGUGUUUUGUUUGGGGAAUCCCUUCUCAACUGGGAAAUCUCUCAAAGUUGAAGUAUCUUGAUCUAAAAGGAACUGAUCUUCAUGGAGCAAUCCCUUCUCAACUGGGAAAUCUCUCAAUGUUGGAGUAUCUUGAUCUUAAAGGAAAUCUUCUCACUGGAGCAAUCCCUUCUCAACUUGGGAACCUUACAAGAUUGCGAUAUUUAGAUCUAAGUGAAAAUUUUCUCCAAGGAGAAAUGCCUUAUCAACUAGGAAAUCUCACACACUUGAGGUAUCUUGAUUUUACUGAAAAUUCAUUUUCUGGAGCACUCCCUUUUCAGGUUGGGAAUCUUCCUCUCUUGCACACUCUUAAAUCUGAUCUUAGUAUUGGUGAUGCAAAGUGGCUAUUUUCCCUCUCUUCAUUAGCAACUCUUAGCUUGACGUCGUUGCCUAAUUUUUGCCCUUCUUGUCACCUGAUCCAUGAGCUUAUUCCAAACUUAAGGGAGUUGAGGCUAGUUAAUUGCAACCUUUCCGAUAAUGAUAUUUCAUCUUUGUUUCGUUCUGAUUCCAAAUUUUCCACUUCCCUUACUAUCCUUGAUCUCUCUGGAAAUGAUUUGACUUCAUCAACGUUUCAGUUAUUGGUCAACUUCAGCUCCAAACUACAAGAACUUCAUCUGACACGUUGCGGCCUUACUGACGAAAGCUUUCUUGUGUCAUCUGCUUCCAUUAAAAAGUCUCUGCGUUCUCUUGUCACUCUUGAUCUCUCCUUUAAUCGAUUAAACUCACCGACUAUAUUUCAUUGGAUUUUCAACUACACUUCCAAUCUUCAUACCCUUUCACUUCAACAUAACUGGUUAGAAGGUCCCAUUCCAAAUGGAUUUGGGGAAGUAAUUAACUCUCUUGAACAUCUUGACCUCUCUUUUAACGAAUUGCAAGGUGAGAUUCCGGCUUCCCUUGGGAAUAUAUACACAUUGCAAGAACUAGACCUAAGGAGCAACAACUUGAUCUUUACAUCUUUGAGGAAUUUAGAUCUUUCCAAUAAUCAGUUAAUCGGAGAAAUACCAAAAAGCAUUGGGUUGCUUUAUGAGUUGCAGUCUCUUCACCUAGAGGAGAAUUACUUGGAGGAUCUUUCUGAUGCUGGGAUUAAUGACUUUGUACCAGAAUGGUUCUGGAACAAGUUACAGAUUAUAAGUGAGAUGAAUAUUUCUUACAACGGUCUCCGAGGUACAAUUCCGAAUUUACCAAUCAAGUUCGUUGAAGAUUUAACAAUUAUUUUCAUUCUAAAAUCAAAUAAACUUGAAGGUGAAAUUCCGGCCUUUUUGUCACAAGUAGACACAUUGGAUCUUUCCUACAAUAAUAUUUCGGAUUUAAAUGCAUUCUUGUGCGGAAAAAUAACAACUGUGCGCAUUUUGGAUUUGUCAAAUAAUCAAAUUGUAGGACAACUGCCCGACUGUUGGGAACAUCUAAAUCCAUUAGAAUUUCUUGAUUUGAGCAAUAAUAAAUUGUCAGGGGAGAUUCCACAGUCCAUGGGUACUCUUGCUAAUUUGGCAGCUUUGGUCUUACGGAACAAUAAUUUAAUUGGACAACUGCCUUCCACAUUGAAGAAUUGUACUUCUUUGAUUAUAUUUGACAUGAGUCAAAAUUUGUUGUCUGGUCCAAUACCGUUGUGGAUUGGAGAAAAUCUUCGACGAUUGAAAAUCUUGACCUUGAGAGUAAAUCGCUUCGUUGGAAGUGUUCCUGUCCAAAUCUGUUAUUUGGAACAAAUUCAUCUCUUGGAUCUUUCCAGGAAUCACUUAUCAGGAGGAAUUCCAACCUGUCUCAGGAAUUAUACCGCAAUGAUGAAAAGGAGCAUAAUUUCAGGACAAAUUGUAAGGAGACGAGACAUUUCAAUUGAAGGCACAUACUUUGGUAUUUAUGAUCGCUUUAACGUGGUGCUGAUGUGGAAAGGUCAGGAUUAUGUGUUUUGGAAUCCUCAGGUUCUUCUAAGCAGCAUUGAUCUAUCAAGUAAUAAUUUGACUGGUGCAAUACCUAAAGAGAUUGGAUAUUUACUCGGAUUAGUUUCUUUGAAUUUAUCAAGAAACAAAUUAGAUGGAGAAAUUCCUUCAGAGAUUGGGAAUUUAAAUUUGUUAGAAUUCCUGGACUUAUCAAGAAAUGAUUUCUCUGGCAAUAUUCCUUAUACUCUUUCCAACAUUGAUCGUCUUGGAGUGUUAGACCUAUCAAACAAUAAUCUCAGCGGAAGAAUUCCUGGGGGAAGACAUUUGCAAACCUUUGAUGCCUCUAGUUUUGAAGGAAAUAUUGAUCUUUGCGGCGAGCAACUUAACAAAAGUUGUACAGGAGAUGAGAGAACAGUACAACCUGAAGGAGUAGCAAUGGAUGGAGAAAAUGGGAAUUUAGGUUUCUAUGGAGCACUAUACAUGAUCUUGGGACUAGGAUUCUUUACAGGCUUUUGGGGUUUACUAGGGCCAAUUCUACUUUGUCGAGCGUGGAGAUUUGCCUACGUCAAAUUCUUGGACAGAGUGGUGGACUAUAUUCUUGUAAUGGUUGAAGUGAACGUUGGCAAGUUUCAUCGGUGGCUCAAAGCCUAG